CAAGUCCCUCCAAGGCGAUCCAAGACAUCCCAGGAACUGAGCUAUUUUGCUCUGUGUAGCAUGAAGGGGGGCACACACAUGCGCAAGGUCGAUCGAUAAGGAGGGAGCCCAUCGGUCCGCCGGAUUCAUCACACAAACCGUUCUGCUCUUGUCGUGUGAGCGUAUGAUCUUUUCAAUUCCAAACGUGAAGAGAUUUGCCGAGCAUAUCUUUUAAGCAAAGUAGUAGACAACCAGCUUGUGCAUCUUUUCGUCGAACAGUUGCAUCUUUAAAAGCUUGUUUUCAAUGACAUUUGGCUUUUAUUUGACCUGCUUGGAACUAUUUUGUCCCGCUACUACGAUCAAAGGAUGAAAACUCUCGUAGUUGAGUCAAGUGUGAACAAUGUCAGGAGUCAUGGGAACUUCGGAACAUCAGCUCGUGCGUUCUGGUUCUUGGGGCAUUGUUUCCAAGCUACGGGGUGGUAUUAGUUUUUUAAUACCCAAGAAAUAAGCUCGUAAUAAUUCCAUACAGCGGAAGGCUAUCAACGCACGUUCCAUAUCCCCGAUAUACUUCUUCGAUCGCACCGAAUACCCGCGUCUACUGCACGGCCAAGUGAUACAACGCCAGUUAACUUCUGGCCCUGUUAGCCUGGUCUCGCGACAAACGGUCGUUAUCAAAGUACGCCAUUCGAAUUGCCACCCGAUAAUGGCCUACCAUUGUAAGUGGCUCACGCGAAUGUCGGAACAGAACACACGAGCGCAAGACCACAAACACCAUUUGAUACAUAUACUGUCUACUACUUCACACCAGCCGGAGAAGGGUUUGGUUCUGCUCUGGAAAUGAUACCCGCACCUCCGUACUCGACUGAAAACUCUAUUCCAUCUCCUACAGUUCCAUAUAUCUCGCUUGGUCGUCCAGCAAGUACCACUCCUCGAUCACGAGCGAUUCUUUCCACCUUUCCAAACCACACUACCAUGCCCCCACCAUCCUCCAUUCCCAACGCCAACAGCCGAAAGCGCAAAAUCCUCCCAAUGACGCGCUCGCAAGACAGCACUCCUUCCUCUCCUGCAUUAAGCGAAUCGUCAUCUUUGGUAUCGGAUGAUGGCGACGGAGAAUAUGCCCCUGAGUCUGUUCGUCCCAUUAGGAAGGCGAAAAGGCCUCGUGACAACGAUUUCAAGUUGAACUCCGGUGGACGUUCGGGCGCGACGACAAACAGUCAUGGCAAUAGCAAUGGAGCGACAGGAAAGAAUUGUAAAGUGAAGGGCAAAGACAUGUCCCGCGAGCAGUUGCGCAAGGUGAACCACUCGUUGAUCGAGAGAAGGCGGAGGGAGAAGAUCAACGCGGCACUGAAUGAGCUGAGAAGGAUGGUACCGAGCUUGGGAGAGAACGGUGGAAAAGGUGGCGAGUUCAAACUUGAAGUAUUGGAGAAGACUGUAGAGCACAUGAAGGACUUGAAGGGACGACUGGAAGACUUGGAACGAGGGGCUGCGGCAUCAGCCAACAACUCUUCCUGCGAAUCAAACGCUCGCGGCAAGGAUAGGGAAACGGAACUCGAAGUGGAGAGCCGAAGUCGAAGCAAGACAUCGACUUACCCUUCUCCCUCUCCCGAUAGACAACAAUUUUCAAACUCACCCCCACCUGAUCCGAACGAAACAGAUGUAGAGUCCAACUUGCCACCUCCUUACACGCUCGCUAGCCGAGCUCGCGCUCGUUCUCGUGCCCAUGCGUCCUCUUUGCCGUCUACUUCCGCUUGCAUUUCCGCCUCCAAUCGUGGCACAACGACGAGUCAAGAAUCCAAAUCCCCGUCUUUCUGGUCUGGCCAAACACAAGAACAGGUCACAGAAAAUUUGCAUGGGCAAAGAGGGUACCAGCCACUCCCCAGUACCCGGCCGAAGCCCCCAACCAGCACUUCUAACCCCAUAUUUCUUCCUUUCCCUUCACCCUCUCCAACCUCGCCCUUUCUCCAUCCCAAUGCCAGUUUCAACACCAAUCCUAACGCAGAUACGCUGAACAACUCUUCCGCGGCGGGAUCAAUGAUGUCUGGAGAGAAUGAGGGCCGCGGUUUUGGUCCCAACUACAACUCUUCAGCCUCCGUCAAUGGCAGCGUGCAAGGUGCUGCAGAGGCUCGCAAUACUCAUCCAAGCCCGUUUUUGCCACCUAUACCUAAUAUGAGCUUGUUCAGUAUAAUGAGCCUUGAGAAUUCACCAGUGGAUACGUUUCGACAGGCUUGUAUGGAAGGAUUCGGAGGUGCGGGAAAAAGCGGUUCAUUUUCACCGCCAGAGUUGAAUCUUGAGGAUACUUCUCAAACGGCGCGCCGUAGCUCAUUUGCAGAGCCAAGAGGUGCGCUGGACGUAGGAAUGAGUACUAUGAACACAGACGUAAAGGAACGUCGGCAUGAUACGAACGAUAAGUCCACAUCCAUUGACAGUGACAAAAAUAGAAAUAAGCAUCAAGACGACGUCACUACCAAGGCUGGCGCUAAUACCAAUGCCAACACUGAGAUGCUACCCGAAGAAGCUGCGAACUUGCUCCUAGCAUUUUCGUCUCCUGAGACAUUACGCCCAUUGGGUGACGUGCCGGUCGUCCCCCUUGCUGGACAAGGGUAUGGACAGGGGCAAGGGCAAAUCAGAAGGACGGUGGAAGAAUUUAGUCUUGAUUCAGGAGCGGCACUUGGAUCUGAAUCUGGAUCGGGUUUGGGAGCAGUAAGAGCAAUAAAAACUGGGAAGGGAAGGGAAGUUUCAUCGGUGAAGAUGAUGGGAUCGACAUCGAAAGAUCGCCUGGUUGUGGGGAAGAGUGUAAGGGACAUGCUCAAGUUGACAUGAAUGACGGCGGAUCUGUUAUAUAAAUAAGUUAUAAAUAGUUUUUUUUUGGUUGUAUAGAAAAGAUGGUGAAGAUGAAAUUCGAAUUGUUUC